ACAAUCUUUAUAAAUAAGUUAUUUUAUUUAAUUCUCUUGAAAUACUAUGUAUGAGUGGAGGAAUACAGGUUUUUUUGGUUUCUAAGUGUUUUAAGAGGGGUUUUGGUAAUCUAAUCGUCGGGGCGAUCGGAGGCGGUAAAAAGAGGGUUUAUUCAGAGAGGGUUUUUGAAGGACUUAGAGGAGUUCUAUUUGAAUGUAAUAAGGGUAAAAUUUUUGUAUUAAUAGAUUCUCGACGGUAUACAAGAGAAAUCCAGCAAUUUAGAAAGAUAAAACAAGUUAAGACAUGUUUAUCAGGAAAUCCAGGUGUACGAAAAAUAUACACAAAUGAGGCUAGUAUUUUUGGUCAAAGAUACUAUAGAACAUCAAGUCAAAGUUAUAAUUGUUAUCUUGCGGAUUUGGAGGAAAAAGCAAAUGCAUCGAUGAAUGAUCCUAAACAGCAAUAUUUGUAUUAUAAAUCGUUGUUAAAUUCAUAUCCUGAGUUUAUAAUAUCACGAUAUGAAGACACAGGAGCGGCAAGAAAUAAAGAUUGCGAUUUGAUAUAUGCAAAAGCACUGGAAAGUACUGGACAGAUGGAAAAGGCGAUGUUAGUACGAAAACAUAUAAAUUCGGAUCUAGGAAAUACAUAUUCAGAUAAUAGUACACAAAAAUCGGAGAAUACUCAUGCAAAUACCCAAGAAAAUCCAUCAGGAAGUAAUGCCAACAAUAAUCAAUUAUUAUCUAAUUAUUCGAAUAUGUCUAUGGUUCAAUCCUUUUCUCAGAAUACUAAAAAAAAUCCUAUUUAUGUUGUGACAGAAGAAUCUCGUCAGACCAAGAUUUUUAAAUGGGCAAGAUUUAUUUUAUCAUUUACAUUUGUUGGAUAUUUGAUCGUUUUAUUGUCUACAAUAUUUGCAGAAAGUGCAGGUGUCUUGAGAUCAUUAAAUAAAUCUCAGGAUAUUGAAGCUUCUGGUGAUAAUUUACCUGAUGUAAAAUUUAGUGAUAUUUGUGGUGUUGAUGAGGCAAAAGAGGAUCUCCAGGAAGUCGUUGAUUUCUUAAAAAAUCCAGAAAAAUUUACAGCAUUAGGAGGGAAACUUCCUAAAGGUGUAUUACUUAUAGGUCCACCUGGAACAGGAAAAACAAUGCUUGCAAAAGCUGUUGCAAAAGAAGCAGGUGUUUCUUUUUUUUUCAUGAGUGGAAGUGAAUUUGACGAAAUGUAUGUUGGGAUUGGUGCAAAACGUGUACGUGAAUUAUUUAAUAUUGCAAAAAACAGAUCUCCAAGCAUUGUAUUUAUUGAUGAAUUAGAUGCUAUAGGAAGUAAGAGGAAUCCAAAAGACUCCGCUUACAUAAAACAAACAUUAAAUCAAUUAUUAGUAGAGUUAGAUGGUUUUUCCAAUAAGGAGGGUAUUAUUAUUAUGGCAGCAACCAAUUUUCCAGAAUCUUUAGAUCCUGCACUUAUUCGUCCUGGUCGUUUUGAUAAACAUGUUAUUGUUCCUUUACCUGAUAUUCGAGGAAGACUUAGUAUUCUUAAACAACAUACUAAAAAAAUAAGGAUGGCCAAUGAUAUUGAUCUUACUGUUUUAGCUAGAGGUACACCAGGAUUUUCCGGUGCAGAUCUUCAAAAUUUAGUUAAUCAAGCUGCGAUAAAAAGUAGCAAAUUAAAUUCUACAUAUGUUUCUAUGAAAGAUCUUGAAUGGGCACGAGAUAAAAUUCUAAUGGGUACUGAACGUAAAAAUGCAUUUAUUACUGAAGAAAGCAAACGAAAUACUGCAUACCAUGAAGGCGGACAUGCUCUUGUAGCCUUAUAUACACCAGGUGCAAUGAAAUUACACAAAGCAACUAUUAUACCACGUGGAAGCUCUCUUGGAAUGGUUAUGCAAUUGCCUGAUAUGGAUAAAUAUACCGAGUCUAAAAAAGAAUUUUUAGCUAAAAUAGAUGUAGCAUUAGGUGGUCGAGUUGCUGAAGAACUUACACUUGGAAAGGAUAAUAUUACAUCCGGAUCCUUAAGCGAUAUUCAAAACGCUACUGCUAUAGCAAAAGCAAUGGUAACACAAUAUGGAAUGAGUGAUAAAGUAGGACCUGUUGCAUAUGAUCAGGAUUUGUCACGUUUAUCUUCUUCUACAAAAGCACUCGUAGAAUCUGAAAUAAAAACAUUAUUAGAAGAAGCACAAGCACGUGCUACAAAUAUUCUUAAAACACAUAAAAAAGAACUAGAUCGCCUUGCAAAAGCUCUUAUUGAAUUCGAAACACUUACUUCUGAUGAAAUAGAAAAGGCUAUUCGUGGCGAAAAAAUUGAUCAUUUAGAUUAAAUUGAUCUUUUAGAUUAAAUUGAUGCAUCUUUUCCUUAUCAUCUACGAA